GCGAAAGAUGGCGAGUGACGAUGACUCUAGAGAAGACAACGUUAGCCAAAUGGAAGUACAGACACUACUUUAACCUCGUUGAUGUCAAAGGAAAAAGAAGAAGAAGAAGAAGAAGAAGAGGAACAGACCAAAGAUAAAGGUUUGAAAACGUUCAGUCAUUUGAGGUAAUGUUUGUCUGGAACCAAAACAUCAUCAAUUGUCAAAGUUUUCAUUCUUAAACUACUUCUUAUUUUAGUACUUCUUAUUUUAGUACUUCUUAUAAUUGACUUAUUUCACCAGCCUGACUCAAUAAAAGCAUCUUGGUUGUAAUUACAAUCUGCUGCCACCUUCUGGUCAAAAGCAGGUUGUGCUUUCUGUGACGUCAUAACAAGGCUCCUGUGUUACCUGGUGAUGAUGAUGCAAACAUCAGAGCAGUUGGAGUUGGUGCCAAAAAUGAACACUUUCUUUCCCAGUUUCAGAAGCGUGGAGGUGAGGAACCUGGAUCAUAUCGUGAAGGAUGCGGAGGUCCACAUGGGCGACCUCUGCCGCCUGCUGGCGUCUUACGCCAAAGCGACCGCCAAGCUCCGAGACAAGGCGGACAAUCUGGUUGCUCGGCUCUUUGACUUUUCAAACACUGAAACCGCUGAGAUCCAGGAGGGACUGAAAACCCUUGCGGACGACCUCGCCGUGGUGCAGGACUACCGGCAGGCGGAGAUCGAGAGACUAGAGACUAAAGUUGUUGCUCCAUUAAAUGCAUACGGCGCCAUCAUUAAAAGUAUAAAGGCCAACAUGAAAAGGUGGAACGCCGAUCUCAACAGGGAGCUGAAGGAAUUACAGAAACUGGAAAAUAUCCGACUGAGGAACCCGGCAGACAGACACACCAUUUCUCAGGCUGAAGUGAAUGCCAGGAAAGCUUCCAGCAAUGCUCAGCACACCAUGAGGAACAUGGAGGAAAGCAUCCUGGACUUCCAAGAGCAGAAACUACACGAUGUCAAAAAGAUUUUCCUGGAAUUCAUCAGAGUGGAGAUGCUUUUCCAUGCCAAAGCCUUGGAAGUUUAUUCACGUACUCAUCACAGCUUGGAAGCAAUGAAUCCUGGAACUCAUCAGCAGCUUUUUAACGAAAGGUCAUUGAACACAUCUCCUGGUCAUGCCUCCUCUCCUGUGGCGUUCCCAACAGGCCAGAGCAUCAGACGUCAUUACCAGUAGAAGAAAUAUUCCCAUCAUGUUUUCACUGCUGCUACUGUGUCGCUAAUAAAUUCAUAAAUAGCAUCACUAUUUAGUACACUAAAGUAAUUACCCAAUUCCCUGUUGAUUACUAUGACAAAUGUUAUGUAUUGUUGGCAUUUGGAAGAAUAACAUUCGCUACAAAUGUGCUAAAAUACAAGGUCUGGGUACACAUAGUACAUUAAGUAUAAUACUUUGCAGCCUUGUCGCUAUAGUGGAAUACUGUUUAGCGUAUGAUAUGUAAACAACACAUGGCUCUGUUCUGUGGCAAUUCUCACGUAGUGGUCCUUCUUGCUAAAGGGGCUAAGCGCAGGGAUUUUAACCCUGGUUGCAAAUACUUUGACUUAUUGACGUCCACAUAUUCCUGUUUGGAACAAAAGAUUAUUAUUUCUUAAAAAAGGGAUCAGCAAAAAUAUAAAAAUAUAAAAAUAAAACAGUGGAUUGCAUCAUAAGCUAAAAAAAUGUGGAUCGCAACAUUUUUACCAGUCAUUGUCCAAGUCAAGUCAAACAACCAUUCACACUCACAUUCAUAACUAUGGAUAAUUUGGAGUGGCUAAUGUUUUUGUUUUUUUUUUAAACUUAAAACUUUUUUUAGGCCUAUUUUAGUGGGGUUGUUUUUAAGCCCCCGAAAUAAUUUGAUAUUUUUUAUUGAUUUUUUAUUGAUUUUUUUUUAUUUUUUAUUGAUUUUUUUUUUAUUGAUUUAUUUUGUAAAAAAAAAAAAAUCUGACAUAUUUUAUAUAAUAGGGCAAAAUGCAUAAUUAGGUAGAAAAAAAUAUAUACAUAAGUCGCACUGGAGUAUAAGUCGCAUUUUUUGUGGAUAAUUUAUUUUUACUAUUUUAUUAUAUUUUUUUUUACUAUUUUUUACUA